AUGAGUGUGAAAGAACAAUUGAUCAAUGCAGGAUGGACAGUCAAAGAAGAACUUUUUGAAGGAAAUCGACAAAGACCGGAUGAUUUGAGAAAACAACUGCUCGAUAGCGAUUUACGACAAAUUGGUGAAAAGGCAUUACCUGAUUUAGGAAAACAGGAUCAAACAUCGAAACCGUACAUUGUGCAAUUGAAUAAGACGCGCAAUGUCACAGCACCAAAAGAUAAUGAAUCAUCAUCAGGUCGAUCGCAUCUUUAUCGUCUAUCGAUUACCGAUGGCCAUGUAUUUCAAAAUGCACUUAUUCUACCAUCACUUCGAAAUUUUAACUUGGAUACGCCACCUGGUGUAAAGCUUUUAUUGAAAGCAAAAACGAAAAUUGUAAAUGGUUUUUACAUACUCAAUGAUCAAACAUGUGAAGUUCUCGGUGGAACAGUUACUGAACUUGUUCAAAAAUGGAAAUUAGCUAAAUUAAUGGGUAAACACGUUCGAAUAUUGAUCGGCGAAGGCGCGCCACCACCGUGGGUUCCAUUUGGUGCGCGAAAUACAACAGCAACUACCGUUGAUACAUCUCAACGAUCCAUGGAUGUGGCGAAAAGUCAGCAAACGACUGAAGAAGAUCCGGAAUUUGUUCGUCAACGACGUGCUGCGAUCGAUACUCUUUUGAUGAGUCAGACAUCGAAAACGGAACGGUUUGCUAGACAAGAUGUUAUCCGAGGUGUCAAUCUUGCCAAAGGCUUCGAACUGGCUGGCCAACGAGCACCUACGGACAGACCCUCUUCUACUUUGUCAUCGAUUUCUAAUCAACCAGUGAAUAUGGCAGCAACAGCUGCGGCAAUCAAAGCGAACACUCGAUUGCCAGAAUGGGCGAAAAAUCAAAUUGCUGAUGAACCAACUGAUGAUGACAAGCGACGACCGCAGACGAGUAGACGCAAUUUAGAUGAUGAUGAUGACCGGCCAAGACGAGGUGGUUUUGGACGUAAUCGGCGAGGUCGAGGACGUGAUGAUGAUGGAGGCGAAGAAACACGGCCUAGUAAAGACGUGACUUUGUUUGAUUUCUUUUCGUCAAAACCAAAUACUUCCACGCAAAAAGCUCCGUCUUCCAAAACACAAAAAAGUGACAAUAGAUCUGGUCAGGAAGCAUCUGCUUCGAAUCAGCCUCGCAUAUCGAGUGCCAUGCAGAAACAAAUCUUUCCGUACGAAACCGGUGAUCAAGUUUUAGCUCGAUAUUAUGAAGAUAAUGAAUACUAUCCAGCGAUUAUCAUGAACAUCAUGUAUGACAGUCAACGAUGUGCGGUGAUGUUCGAAGGAUAUGACUCACAAAAUGUCGUGAGUUUUGAUGACAUUGAAACUUAUGAGGAAGGUUAUUACGACGACGAGGGAGAAGAAGAAUAUGAACAGGAACAAGUGCAACCACCUCCGCCGCAAAGAAAUAAUCAAGCACAACAGCAACCACGAAAUCAAUCCGGUUAUCAACAAAAUCCAUCGAACUAUGGUUACUAUAACCAACAACAGCAGCAACAACAACGAAAUAAUCCACAAGGCAAUCGUCCGAAUUCCAGUCGUGGCUACCCUCAACAACAACAACAACAACAAUAUCCUAAUCGUUAUAAUAAUAACUAUUACCAGUAA